AUGGCGGACGAGUGGCGGAAGCUGGCGCUGGCCGUGCGGGCGACCCUCCGCCAAGCCUCCGCCUCGCACGAAGCCACCAGGCUGAUCGACCUCGCCAUCAUCAAGCUCAUGGCGCAGCGGGAGGCGCUGCGCGCGAACCGCGCGGGCGUGGCCUUCCGCUACGUCGAGCUCGGCCCCGCCGGAGUCUCCCCCGCCUCGCUCCUAGAGGGUGCCCGCCGCGUCAUCCAGCGCUGCAGCGUGUUCCACGGCCUGGCCGACAACGCCCUCCCCCUCUGCCUCGACGGCCUGGGCCUCGUCCUCAGCGCGGAGGCGCUCCAAAGCUGGGCCACCCACAGCAGCGACGCGCUCAGGAACGCCGAAGAGGCGCAGGUGCGCCUCCGCAACGGCGUGUCGUUCGCCACGGCCGCCAUCGACGCCGUCGGCGUGGCCACGCCGCUCCUCCCCGCGGGCGUCAUCCUCCAGUGGGCCUGGUUGAUCGCGGCCGAGCAGCUCCAGACCAAGGCCAUCAACGAGGUAUGCCUGGCGCGCAACCACUUGCGGGAGAUGCGGGCCGACAUUUCUCGGCUGCUCAUGGAUGCCCGGAGUAUUGCGCAACUUCUUGACUAA